AUGAGUCUCCCACUAUCGUUUACCAUUGGCGUUUGUGCCCUCGAUAAAAAGUCCAGAUCGGUUCCAAUGAGAAACAUUCUCGAUAGAUUAAUUGGAAACUCUCCUAAUAGUUUUUUUGAAACAAUCAUUUUCGGAGACAAAGUGAUCUUGGAAGAGCCUAUAGAGAGAUGGCCUAUUUGCGAUUUUCUAAUCGGAUUUUACUCCACAGGAUUUCCCUUGGCCAAGGCAAUAUCCUAUAUCCGCCUUAGAAAGCCCUUCUGCGUGAAUGACCUUCAAAUGCAAUGGCUUUUGCUUGACAGAAGACUGGUGCUAUUGGCUUUGGAUUUCAUCGAUAUCUUGACUCCAAAGCGUCUUAUUGUAAGCAGAGAUGAGGGGCCAGAACUUCCAAAUUCUAUAUCUCGAAAGAUAGGCAGGGACUUUGGCAUUGACUUUUUGGAGAGGCUCCAUCGUCCAUCCUAUUGUGCCCAUCUUUCCGAUAGCGAUACGCUACAUGUCGGCAUGGAGGAAUUAAAAAAGCCAUUUGUUGAAAAGCCUGUUUCGGGCGAUGAUCACAAUAUUUAUAUCUACUAUUCCGGGGGUGGCGUCAGAAGGCUUUUUCGCAAAGUCGCAAACAAGUCAAGUGAAUACGAUCCGGCAGGAUCAGAAAUUCGCCUCAACGGCUCAUACAUUUACGAAGAGUUCUUAACGGCCGAUAAAUUUGAGGACAUCAAGGUUUACACUGUUGGUCCCUAUUUUGCGUACGCAGAAACCAGAAAGUCGCCCACGGUCGAUGGUGUCGUUCGUCGAAAUGCGUCCGGAAAAGAAUUGAGGGAAGAAACCACUCUAACCUCUACGGAGCAGGAAAUUGCCCGGAGAAUCUGCAUGGCCUUUGGACAAACCAUUUGUGGGUUUGACAUGGUCCGAGUUGAUGGGCGCUCAUAUGUGAUCGAUGUUAACGGGUGGUCAUUUGUAAAGGGAUCCUCUUAUUAUUAUGAUACAUGCGCCUCAAUAUUAACACACACAUUUAUGAAGGCAGCAGCGGCCCUUCCCUUGAAAUAUCCAUCAAUUCAUGAGCGUUCCUUGUCCAACCGUCCAUCUUCUCCAAUAUCGAGGUCCUGGAGGCUAAAGACAUACAUCAGCUGCAUCAGGCAUGCCGAUAGAACGCCCAAACAAAAACUGAAGUUUACCCUACCCGGAAAUGAUCUUUUCAAAACUUUUGAAAAAGCGAGAUCAGAGCUGUACACUUAUCAGCAGAUAAUUUUGCGAGAGCCUUCAGACCUAAAAAGACUGCAUGUUUUCAUUUCUGAAAUGAUUGUAUCGAUAACCAGUCAGGGCUCCCAUGCACAACUCGAACCUCUUCUUUCUCAGCUUCGACCACUGCAAAGUCUAAUAGAAGUCAGAUCGGGGCACGCCGACACGAAAGUGCAGAUUCGACUUCUUUCAGAUUCGCUAUCAUUGCUGGUGGUUAAAUGGGGCGGUGAAUUUACACAUGCUGGUUGGCACCAGGCUCAAGAGUUUGGAGAAUCUCUUCGAGCCGAUCUGAAAAUAUUGAACAAGUCUCUUCUUGCCGAUAUUAGGAUUUUUAGUUCUGAAGAACGUCGAGUCAAGGCCACGGCGACGAUUACCGCAAAGGCGCUUUUACAUCUUGCUAAAUUGCCCUCUGGGCUUAUAACUAACUCCCCAGACUUAUUAGACGACAAUUUGGAAGCAAAGGACGAAAUGGAGUCCGUAAAGGCAUCUAUUAGUCAAUAUCUAAAUGAAGCCUUCCAAAACGACCUUGAAACGACAAAUUCAUAUGCCGGCGAUCUGGCCAGGGACCCUUUGUCGUUUAUUUCUCGAUUAACCGCCCUUUUAAGCAUUCAUUAUGUAAAAUUCCUCGACACUUCGGUGACCGAUUUCACUGGUCACAAAUGGUGCUGUCUAGAUUCGAGUAUUUUGUGGAAGGAACGUUGGUUGAAAAUAUUUAAAGAUGUGCUUCCGUUGAACUCUCCAAGCCUCCAGAAUGUUCUUCCUCUCCAAAAAGAGCCUGGUCGAAUUUGUGAGCUUUAUGAUUCUUUAAAAUAUGAUGAAAUUCACAAUCGUGCCUUUUUAGAUUAUUUUUUUCUUGGUGCAUCCCCAAGCUCUGGUUUGAAAGACUCCCUGCAUGAGCUGUUUAUUAGGACAAAAACGCUAUACAAUUGGGUCUCCAUUUCUGAAUAUGGAAUUUUACCCAGUGAAAAGCUAUCUAUUGGGAAAAAAAUCAUCAGAAAACUGUUGUUAAGGCUUGUUGAAGAUUUGAGAGAAAGUACAUCCCAUUCAACGGCUCCCUCUUGCCGUCUAUAUUUUACCAAGGAAUCACAUAUGUAUCCCCUGUUAAAUGUAAUCCAAUAUGGUGGAUUAAGCGCGUGGACUUCAAAGCCAUAUAAUCAAUGGGAAUUGGACUACCUCUCUCAAAUCACAUUUGAGAUCUAUGAACGGUAUCCCUCAGAUGAGAUAUAUGGGAUUCAAGCGGAACAUUCUGUGAGAAUAAGCUUAAGCCAAGGGGGAUACAAUCCGUCUAUAAUAGACGUCAAUCUAGAUGAAAAGCACUGCCUUAGUGUAGUUCCUCGUGAAUGGAUCACCGAGUAUUUUCCCUUAGAUAAGGCAAUAGAAGCUCUUCAAUAG